UUCCACCGCCGUUUCAAUCGGCCUCCCCCCAACCUCCCAAUCGGUGCUUUCUAGGGUUUCGAAUCGCCUCCAAAACCUUCAACCAGUGCGCAAACCAACAGCAGGUCGAGACCAGCGAGGGAGCAGGAAAAUCCGACGCCAUGGGAGGCAAAUGCCCGCACAGGAAGGUCAAGAAGAGACGCCUCUCCCACAAGACCGCCCGCCGCACCAAGUUCCUCGUCAAAGGCGACGACGCGGUGUACGAGGCCCUGAAGAAGCCGGAAGAGGAGCGGCGGCCGUUGCCCGUGGAUGAGGAUCUCCCCGGCAUGGGCCAGUACUAUUGCCUGCACUGCGACCGAUAUUUUCCGAACGUUGCUACGAGGGACAAGCAUUUCAAGACGAAGCGCCACAAGAAACGUAUGAAGCAAAUGAUGGGUCCUGCGCCACAUACUCAGCUUGAUGCUGAGUUAGCUGCAGGGAUGGGCAUGCCUGAUAAUGGUCCAAAGCUUAUGCCAAUGUGAGCUAUUUGUUUUGGUGCCCAUAUGGAUCGAGCCUUUUUGGUGCAGCGAGGAUUUUCUUUUUAAAUUCUCUUGUUAGUUAGCUUAAAAGUGUAUAUGCAGCUAGUGCUUUGAUAUGGAAGUCUUUGUAGUUGCAUAUGCUUGAGGAACGAGCAAUCAAGCAUAUUCAAUAGACCUAUCUGACUGGUGGUAGCUGAUAAAAGGUGAUCUCCAGAAGGCUUUGGCUACUAUAUAUUAAGAAAGGGCAAGUGAGAUUUUGUUUUUGAAUAGAAAUUGUGUGUUUUCUUGUGUAAUGCGUCUGAAAUUUAAGUGUCUUCUAAUUUGAGCCACAAAGCAUUGACUGGUGCAAAUGCAAUUGAUAGUUUACUACUUUUUUUAGAA